UCUCCUUCUCCAUAAAUCUUAAAACACACUUAGGUCAAUCCAAUCCGGCGCCGCCAUGUCCACAGGCAGCAGGAAAGGGUACACGCUGAGGUCCAUCCGGGUGAGCCUCGGGUGCAGCAGCUGCCGCCGCGCCAAGGUGUUCCAGCCGAAGCCGCGGCGCUACUCCUCGUCCAGCUCGUGGGACAACCACACCAACACGACUAACACUACAUUUUCGUCCUCGGACACAGAGUCGGAGACAAAGAGCCUGGGAGCGGUGCAGGGGUUCGGGCGGAUCGGGGGGACCAGCGUGGCCGUGGAGAAGGACUCGGACGAUCCGUAUCUGGAUUUCCGUCAGUCGAUGCUGCAGAUGAUUCUGGAGAAGGAGAUUUACUCCAAAGAUGAGCUCAAGCAUCUCCUCAACUGCUUCCUGCAGCUCAAUUCCCCUUACUAUCACCGGAUUAUCGUCCGCGCCUUCACCGACAUCUGGAACGGCCUCUAUUCCCUCUCCGCCUCGCCCUCGCCAUUAGCCUAGCUACUCUUUCUUAUGCAUAAACACAUUCGGUUUUCACAGCCUUUUUGACAUCACAUAUGCUCAUCAAAUUGUAAAUUAAUGUUGCUGCCUUGUCAAAAAUUCUGUGAAAAUUGCUUAAUGUUAUUUCACUAACUAUCACUACUGUAAUGGACUUGCUUCUUCUUUCUUUAA